CGCCCACAGACUCCACGCGAAAUAAUUGACAUGUGUCAUGUUUGCACCACAGUCACACCAGGCGAACCACAAGUUACUCUUGGAAGUGACAAGUCCUUCACGUACAAUUAUGUAUUCGAUAUGGAAUGUAGUCAGGAUGAAGUUUAUGAAACUUGUGUUGCAUCCCUUGUCGAAUCAUCCCUUGAAGGGUAUAAUGCCACAGUUCUAGCAUACGGACAAACAGGUUCAGGAAAAACCUACACCAUGGGUUCAGGAUUCGAAGUUGAACUAAAUGACGAACAAAAAGGAAUCAUUCCCAGAGCCAUUCACCAUAUUUUUGACGGAAUUCGUUCCAAAAUUCUAAAAGCCGAAGAAUGUCAUACAGAAAUACCAGAAUUCAAAGUAACAGCACAAUUUAUGGAAUUAUACAACGAAGAAGUUAUUGAUUUAUUCAAUCCUUCGUGCAACAAAGACAAGGCGUAUAAAAUUCAUGAAGACCCCUACAGUGGCAUUCAAGUGAAGGGUGUAACUUCCAGAACUGUCAUGUCUGCUGAAGAAGCCCUUCAAUACUUGAGGCUGGGAGCACUUUCUCGAACAACGGCCAGUACCCAAAUGAACACUCAGUCGUCUCGAUCUCACGCAAUAUUUACACUACAUAUUAAGCAACGACGAUAUGUUCCCUCUGAAGACGAAUCGUCGUCUACGGAGUGGGAAACUCUUACUGCCAAAUUCCACUUCGUUGAUCUUGCUGGUUCAGAAAGGCUCAAAAGGACGGGAGCUACUGGGGAACGACAAAAAGAAGGAAUUUCCAUCAACUGUGGUUUAUUAGCAUUAGGAAAUGUUAUAUCAGCAUUAGGUGAUAAGACUAAAAAGGCUCUGCAUAUACCUUAUAGAGAUUCUAAACUCACUAGGUUGUUGCAAGAUAGCCUUGGUGGUAAUAGUCAAACUGUGAUGAUAGCCUGUGUUAGCCCUAGUGAUAGAGAUUUUAUGGAGACAUUAAAUACAUUGAAAUAUGCCAACAGAGCGCGUAAUAUCAAAAAUAAAAUAUGUAUUAAUCAAGAUAAGAGUUCCAAAACUAUUUCUCAGUUGAAGCAACAGAUAGCUCAAUUGCAACUAGAGCUAGUAGAGUACAAACAGGGUAAACGUAUCAUUGGAGAAGAUGGUAUAGAAACAGUGAAUGACAUGUUUUAUGAAAAUAACAUGUUGCAAGGGGAAGUUAAUAAUCUAAGAACAAGGGUGAAAGCUAUGCAGGAAACAAUCGAUGCACUCACUCUCAAAAAUACAAAUCUUCUCGCAGAAAGAGCCACCGGCGGUUGGAUUAGUGGUGCAUCGGGUAGUGAUCAAGAUGUAUCUUACAUGAUUCAAGGUUAUUUGAGAGAAAUCGAGGAACUGAGAGCUAAGUUAAUGGAAGCUAAUAAUACUUGCGAGCAGCUGAGGAAACAACUCACUCGUUCUCAUGGAAUGCAUCAAAUGUCAAUUUUGGAGUGUUCAAUGGAAGAAAAUUCAUCACUAAUCGAAAAGGCAAAAAAAGACCUACAGAAAGAAAAAGAAGUACUCAAUAGGAGGUCUUUAGAAUUAGAAAAUGAGUUUGAUGGUGAAAGUGAUAAUGAUAGUGAAAGUGAAAGCGAAGAAAAAGAACUACCUAAUGAACUUAAAGAUGAACUUAUCACGUUAAUGAAUGAUAUCGAUAUGAAACAGAAAUUAAUAGAUGAACUAGAGCUCUCUCAGCGUCGAAUGCAAACUAUGAGACAAAACUACGAGGAUAAGCUUAUGCAACUUCAGGUCAGAAUCCAAACAACCCAAGAAGAAAGAGACAAGAUUUUACAUUCUUACGGUGCAAGUCCAGAACCUUUGGAUAAAAUAAAGAGAGUUAAAGACGAAUACACCAAAAAGAUAUCUGACAUGCAGAAAGAACUAAAUAGGCUUCAAGCUGCUAAGAAAGAGCAUACACGGCUGAUAAGAAGCCAGAGCCAGUAUGAAAAUCAACUGAAAUCCUAUAAAAAUGAGGUUCUGGAGAUGAAACGAGCCAAAGUAAGGUUGAUGAAUAAAAUGAAAGAGGAAUCAAACAGGCACAAAGAAUCUGAAUCAAGAAGAAUAAGAGAAAUUGCUCAACUUCGUAAAGAAUCAAGAAAGAAUGCCAAUAUGAUCAAAUCAAUGCAGAAUGAGCAAAAGAUUAAGGAUCAAGUGCUAAAAAGAAAACAAGAAGAAGUAUCUGUAUUGAGAAAAAAUCAAAGAGGCAGACUCAGUAUGGGGGCAGCAGGAAAAAUUGCUAGAAAUUAUUCUGAGAAGAACGCCAAACAAAAGUGGCUUAAAGUUGAAAAAGCUAUCAACAAAAUAACUUUAAGUAAAAAAGGACUUGUCGAACAGGAAGUGAGAAUGGAUCAUUUUCUAGAAAAACGAAACGUUCUUGGAAAAGAACUUGAAGGCCUAGAAGAAAGAAGGAAACAAGCUUUCGAAAAAAAUCAUGAUACAACUCAGCUGGAUAGCUAUAUUGAGGAUAUCAAAGAAAACAUCAAUUAUGUUCAAGAAACAAUUGCUGAAAUACAACACAAUUUUAUGGAAAUUGAAGAGACCCAAGAUCCUAAUGAAGAUACAGAUUUGCAACAAAUUAUUACAACAAUUUAUGAUAUCGAGGAAGCCAAGUAUAUGAUACAAAAGCUAUACAAUAUGACUCUCAGUCAAAGUCAUGCAGUCGCCCAAAGAGAUGCCAAAUUAAGAGAAAAUGAAGCAACGCUUGCCGAGUUACAACAAGAAAAUAAUGUCAAAGGACAGCUAUUGGACCAUGUCCUUCAUAAUGAAAUUCCAAUUUUCUCCAAGGAACUCAUAACAAGUAUUUCAAGUAAUACUAAUGAUACCACUAGUUCCAAUUCUUCAAGGUCUCCUUCCCCUGCCCCUUCAGAAAUGCACCUAUCUAUUCCUGAAUCUCAUCAAUCUCACACACACUCCAGUCGUUCCAAAAUAAGGAGAAGAACUGCUCAACCUGCUGAAAUGCUGUUUGGUUUGCCCUCACACCAAGACAUGUCAUCAGCUCACGACUCGUCUUCCCUUCAUUUGGAUUUUGGACACCAGUCGCGAUUGCCGAGCGUUCCUGGAACUCUUAAGUUGAAUUCUUGAUGAUACACGAAGUCCGAUUAUCAUCCAGUGAAGAUAGCAGUUCCGAAAAUGAAAGCAUUUUUCAGUAUAGAUAUGUGAAUCGUUUUCAUAUCAUUACAUGUGUUAAUGGUACUAAAAUGAUGUUAUUUGUAAUGUUUUUAUUAAGUUUAUUGUUAUUAUACUUAUUUAUUCCUAUGUGACACAUAAUGGAAACAAUGUUCAUUAUAUUUUUAGAACUAUUCAAAAUGAAAAUGGAUUUUUCAUGACAUCAGCAUAUUUGCUAAAAAGGUACCCUAUUGAGAAACAGAAGCAAUCUAUGAAGUAUUUAUGUAAACAACUAACCAAUUUUAUGAAGAUAUGCUGAAUAGUGCCUACUGACAUUCAUACUGAGUAAUAUGGAUUUUAAAAUAGGAAAAUUCACAUUCCAAAAUUUUUAGGAUAAUGUGUGGGGUAUGAAAUUGUACGUGGUUAAAAAUCUGUAGGAGAUUAGAAAAAAAUAUAUGAAUUACUUGGUUAUUGCAUUGAAAAAUGAGCUUAAAUAGGUUAACGAGGUCCUAGCUGUUGAAAUACGAUUGUGGUGGUUGUUUGUAACUAAUAUUAAUAUUAAUCAAUAAUAAUAUUAUGCACGAAUUAUUCUUCAGAACAUAAAACUGAGAAAAAAUGUUUCAACCACUUUGAAAAUGAAAAAAGUUGUAAAUCAUGUAACUAAAAUUUUGAACAAUUAAUCUGAAACAUGAUAUACAUCUUAUAUCAAACAUAUUCAACUAUUUCUCUAAACGAAACUAAAUUGGAUCAAAAUAUCACAUGGUGACAUUUUUAUUGAUUUACAGUACAACUGGAAUUAUAAUUCUGCAAAUUGUCUAUCAUUACAUUAUUUACCUUCAAGUGAGAAAAUGUUAGUAAUUUUUGUUUUUUAAUGACUAAUUUUUAACUAUACUCAUUUUAAUAUGUAUUAAUUGAUAAUCAGUAUUUGAUUUAAUUGUUCUCUGCAAAUUAAUAUAUAGCAGAAAAAGUUUCAUCUGAAUUUUUUCGAAUUCUAUAUUUUCAAGACAUAAACAGAAAAAUGUGUAUAAG